AUGGUGGGAGAGGAAGAGGAACCACCUGAUAUUGAACUAGGGAAAGAAGGGGAGGAGGAUCCACCCCUAUGGAAUGACAUGCAAAUUUCCAUGCAUGCUCUCUCUGGUAACACCUCUUUCAGAACAAUGAGGGUAGCUGGCAAGGUAAAGGGAAGGGCUAUCACUAUCCUAAUUGAUUCUGGCAGCACCCAUAAUUUUGUGGAGCCUGGGAUAGCCAAGAGUUCAGGACAGCUGGUGGAGGCAACCUCAGAGUUACCGGUCACUGUGGCAGAUGGCACCAAGCUGUGUAGCAAAGGAUUGUGUCCAACUUUUACUUGGGAAAUGCAAGGAGAGACAUUUUCUGCUGAAGUACGGAUACUGGCCAUAGGAGGUUGUGACAUGGUGCUAGGGGUGCAGUGGCUCUCUACUUUGGGCCCUAUCCUUUGGGAUUUCAAAAACUUACAAAUGCAGUUCUAG